CACACACACACACACAGAUGGCUCUUUAAUCCUGUAUGUAAAUCACAGCCAAUGGAUGCGGGUGUUGAGCUGGGCUGGGAUUAGCAGAGGCGAAUGAGUUUCAAUUUUACUGGAUUACAGAACAAAGAAAAGGGGAAAGGGGACACUGUCCCUGCGUUAAAGACAAGAAAAAAACGGAGCAAAUCUCGCUGUAAUCUCACCAAAAGCGUCCGGAAAGGAAGACUACCAUGCUCCAGAUUAUGCGGUUUUGUAAAGUCAGUGUGGCGUUGCUUUAGACAGGAAUUCCGCCCUGCACUAUUGGAUUAAACACGGAGAAUUAAAAAAAAAAAACAACAACCCAGAUCUGGGAUUGACAAGAGACAUGGCGCAGCUGCGGAAGCUGGGCUGUGAUGGGAUGAGGCUGAACUCUCGCGCUGAGCUCCGCGGGCCACCGACGUCUGCCAGACAUGAAAUCCUCACCAGCUUAGUGUCGGCGCUGGACUCCGUGUGCACUGCUAUGUCUAAGCUGAAUGCCGAGGUAGCCUGUGUCACCGUGCACGAGGAUAGUGUGAUCGCCGUAGGAACAGAAAAGGGCAGAAUUUUCCUCAAUUCCAGGAAGGAAAUACAGACAGACUUUCACAAAUUCUGCAGGGUAUCCUGUCUGCAGGCAUUAAAUUCAAUCAGCUCCCAUGCCAAAGCUCCAGAUACAGAAAGCAGUCGGACUGGUAAAGACGGUUUACCGCCAACGAAACAGCAGCGAGCCUUAACAGACGCUCACUCCAAUAUCUUUGUCCUGAGGAAGAUGGUGGAAGAAGUCUUCAGCGUGCUUUAUAGUGAGGCUGUAGGGAAGAGCAGCCUGGUCCCCGUGCCUUAUGAGUGGAUUCAGAAGGAGCCUGGUGCUGUGCUCAUUCAUGGCCUCCCCGAUGGCGUGAACCUGAGGAGACCUGCUGAUUACGACACCAAGACCUUAAUGAAGAUCCUGGAGCAGAGCAACCGCAUUCGCUUCAUUGUCAAACGAGCGCCAGACGAAGCCCCGCGCGAUGGUAAAUCCUGUCCGGAAACCAAUCACCACCCCUCCCCUGCUGUUAAGAGUGCCAGCAACCACACGCCUGUUAAAACCCCCGCACAGGAAGUGCCUGCUAGCAGCUCCAUGCUCUCCAGCUUCCUGUAUGGAAUGCCUGUGCCUUCCCAGACACACUCGGACACUAAGGGCGAUCCGAAGCCCUCGGUGCUGCACGGCCUGGUCAAGGAACGGCUAGCAGCGUGGGCACCGAGUGACGAGAAGGCUUCUGCGCCCAAAGAGGCCACUGACAAUGGUGAGCGUAUAGCACUUGCAGGAGACGUUGCACAGAGCCCUCCCAGCAUCCACAUCUCCAAACGCCUACUCUUCUCCAUAGUACAUGAGAAAUCAGAAAAAUGGGACGCGUUCAUCAGAGAGACAGAAGACAUCAACACACUGCGGGAAUGUGUGCAGAUCCUAUUUAAUAGCCGCUACGCUGAAGCAUUGGGCUUGGAUCACAUGGUCCCCGUGCCAUACCGGAAGAUCGCCUGUGAUCCGGAAGCGGUCGAGAUCAUCGGAAUACCAGACAAGAUUCCCUUUAAGAGGCCGUGCACCUACGGAGUGCCUAAACUCAAACGAAUCUUGGAAGAGAGACACGGCGUCCGCUUUGUCGUGAGACGGAUGUUUGAUGAGCGGAUCUUCACUGCUGCAGGGAAAGUAGCUAAAGAAGAAGGCAAGCAGGACGGCUCCUCCCCCGAAGACGGCUUCCCAGAAGGGCUUAGGGUGCCGAGCUCCACCCUCGAGCUGGUCAGCAACACCCACAGCAGCAGAUCCACCAGCUCCUGUGUCAGUCCCUUAGCAGACUGUGAAGCAGGGCCUUCAGGAGACUGUGUAUCUUUAAAAAAGGUCAAAACUGAGCCACCAGAUGGAGAAAUUAUUCAGGUCACUGUACCAGAGAACACUGCAGCCUCCGAGGAGCCAAGUGAGCCUCAGGUUGAACUUGUGACCCCUGAUCUCCGGCGCCCCCUGGAGCCUCUAGCAGUGGAAGAAUUGGCGCAGAAGUCCACACCGCAAGGGCUCAAGAGAGUUGUUGAAGAAGACAUUGGAGAGAUGAUUCUUCAGCUGCGAAAGCAAGUGGAGAGUCUCUUCAGCACGAAAUACGCGGAGGCUCUGGGCCUGCCUGAACCAGUGAAGGUGCCCUACUCGAAGUUCCAGAUGUAUCCUGAGGACCUGUAUAUCACAGGACUGCCAGAAGGGAUCACAUUCCGGAGACCAAACUGCUUCGGAGCAGCCAAACUUAGAAAGAUUCUCAGUGCCAGUAACCAGAUCCAGUUUGUUAUCAAAAGGCCAGAUUUGCUAACUGAAACACAACUGAAGCAUGAGCCUCCCUCUCAGCCAGUUUGUGAUCCGGCAGAAUGUGAUCCUAAAGACAACCUAGCAGAAGAUCCUGGGCCUGCCUCCAAGAGACCUGGAUUCUUAGAUAGCUUAGAGGCCAAACUGUCUCGCAUCGACUUGGCCAACACGCUGAGGGAGCAGGUACAGGAUCUGUUCAACAGGAAGUACGGCGAGGCACUGGGCAUCAAGUAUCCCGUGCAAGUGCCUUACAAGAGGAUCAAGAGCAACCCCGGCUCGGUGAUCAUCGAGGGCUUGCCGCCGGGAAUCCCCUUCAGGAAACCCUGCACGUUCGGCUCACAGAACCUCGAGAGGAUACUGGCGGUGGCUGAUAAGAUCUCCUUCACCAUUAUGAGGCCUUUCCAAGGACUUAUCCCCAAACCAGCACCGAGAAGAAUCACUUUACUGAAGAAAGCGUACUCAUCGAUAAGUGAAGAGGAAGACAUCAGUCGCAUGGGUGAAAAAGUCAUAUUGAGGGAACAAGUGAAAGAGCUGUUCAAUAAGAAAUACGGAGAAGCUCUAGGUUUGGAUCGACCCGUCGUGGUCCCAUACAAGCUGAUCCGAGCCAGUCCCGACUCUCUGGAGGUGUGCGGACUUCCAGAAGAUAUUCCUUUCCGAAACCCUAACACCUACGACAUCAUUCGAUUGGAGAAGAUCCUUCAGGCUCGAGAUGACAUAACUAUCAAUAUCAAAACACCUCUACAGCCUUUUGUACAGCUUUGUCCACAGACUUCAAGUUCAGAAGGAAAUGAAGUCGCAGUCAAUCGACGCAAACGGAAACGAGUGCUGGAUAACAGUCGAACUGCGCCGCCUCCGGGAGCGGACCCUGCCAAUUCAACCAAUCAGAUUCCAGUGAUGCAAUGGCCUAUGUACAUGGUGGACUACAGUGGAGUGAAUGUCCAAGUUCCAGGGAAGGUUAAAUACUAAGCCAGCCCCUCUGAAGGGAGAAGAACCCUGCGGGAGAACCUGCAUCUGUUUUCACCUCAGCUGGAGCUCUGCGUCUGAUCACGCCGUAUACCGAACUCAUGCGUGGAAGCUGGCAAUCACGAACUCCUCGAGCGUGAUGAUGAACAGAACGAGGAGGUGCUCAUCGUGCUUUCAGGAUGCCAAGUGCUUAAUUGCGAAAUUACACAGAUCGUCACUUUCCAAUUUGUCAAGUUGUGCUUUAUUUCUGAGAAGGUGGUUUGUGAAAGGAGUGUUUUUAAUUUUCUAGUGAGUAAUGCAUUACUUUGCAUUAUACAGUUGCCCUGUACAUGAGGCCCUGCAAGCAAUCAUUAACUAACACUCUCAUUAAGGAUAAUACAAAACGGAUUCUGAUGGGAAGUGUCUAUUCCUAGACACAAUUAUUGAUGGGAUGAAGAACCCUAACUGGUGCUGAACACAUGCAUACUGCAUACUACUCCUGUAGUAACUGGCUUUGACUCAUAGCUAAAUGUUGUAUUAUUAUUUAUUUAUUUAUUUAAAUAAAAGUAAAGGAAUUUGUAUAUGCAGGGAAUGUAAGCUGUUCAGUACAAAGUGUUACGUGCUGAAUUCCGUGACUGAUAACACUAAAACAAUUAGCUACUGUAUGUACUCUGAGAGGUUUUUAUUUUGUAUUAUUUUGGUUUUUUUUUUCUUUUCCUUCAUUGAUUACAUUGAGUUGGAGUACUCUAACAUGAUAGCACUAACAUAUUCCAGAGAAAGGCUUUUUUGUAUUAUUAUUAUUAUUAUUAUUAUUAUUAUUACUAUUAUAGCCUUGUAAGUUACUCCUACUCUCAUGGAUCAUGGAGGAUGAAAUUUCACAGAGAACAACACCAUGAAUGUAUUGUAUGUAAAGGAAAGACUGGUAUAAUGUUAUUCAGUAUGGACUGUCUCUGGAAUCACCAGUAUUUAUAUGCUGUACUUUAAUGCCAUUUAGGCCUUUUAAAUAAAAUGUGUUGCCUUGCGUUCACUGCAUUUGAGCGUGAUGGUGCAUUAAAGAUGUCUGAAUAUUUUUUUAAAAAAUAAAUGCCCAUAACACAUUUGA